CUUCAGGUUGAUGUCUGUAGUUUAGCUUUAACUUUCCGGUUGAUGAAGUGGAGCUGUCAGAUUAGGAAACGGUGCAGGAGACGAAUGGCUAAAGUGGAGCUGACCCCGCUCAGAACAUGGGAAGACUUCCUACCCGGUUGGGAGAGAUUUGCUAAACCAGAUGGCAAAGAUUUGGCGAAAUGGAACAACAGAGUUGUCAGCAACCUGCUUUAUUAUCAAACAAAUUAUAUGGCAUUGGCCAUCGUUGUUUUCCUCGUUGUCGGGUUCCUGAACCCUGUGGGGAUGUUCACCGCCAUGACCGUGGUGUCGAGCGUCUUCGUGGUCUCAGUGUGGGCCGGACAGAACAGAGCUGCGAUCAGCAACUUUAAGAGACAAAAUCCCACAGCGUUUGUGAUCGCUGUGAUGGUCGCCAGCUACUUGGUUAUCUCCAUGCUGGGGAGCGUCAUGGUGUUCAUGUCGGCCAUCACUUUACCUCUGAUUUUGAUAUUUGCACAUUCUUCCUUUCGCCUCCGCAACAUGAAGAAUAAACUGGAGAACAAGAUAGAAGGUGCCGGGCUCAAGAGGUCACCCAUGGGCAUUUUGCUGGAAGCUCUGGAUCAGCAAGAAGAGAAUAUUCAAAAGAUCCAGAACUUUCUGGAGGGAAAACGGAAGGAGUGAUUGGACCCAUGCACCAAUGAUCUUGACUAUUUCCUUGAAUUUUUCAUGUAUGUCUCAGCCUAAACCUCUUGAAGUUUGUGUCACAUACAGCAUGUUCACCCGUGUGUGUUUUGAAAAGACAAUUGUAAUCUGAAGGGCUUUAUCUUUACCUCAGGGUAUCUGUCACUCCACCCAGAACUUGUCAGAGCACUUUUCUUAAGCAGUGAUGAGUAUGUCUGAUGAGUCUGCUAUGCAGUGUGUCAGUGUUCCUGUGCACCACAGCUGCAGACUGCUUCCUCUGUAUGAAAUCUGGCUUUAAUGAGUCUCAGAAACAGCCGUCGUCUUGCCAGUUUACGCUCAGCUAAAAAUGUGAAAGCAAUGCAAGUGUUGCAAGAAUAAAAAGUGCACACUCAACACACACAUCACUGCCAAGGUAUUUUCAAGGCUGGACUGUUGUUUUCAAAUAGUGUCUCCACAUAUAAAAUAUAAUUGUUCACCAAGUUUGCAUCUGAAAAGAAACGAACAGGUUGAAUGUUCAUGCAAUACACUGUAAGAAAAUAAUAGACGUAGUUACUGUGAUGUCACUUAUCAGUUUGAUAACCUUGAUAGCCUCAAGUUCAUCAUUUGGUUGCUGCCAUCUUGUUUUUUGGCAACCAGCACAUGCAGAAAAUGCAUUGGGAGGAUAAAGUUAUCAGCUAACAAUAGCACUAGCUUGAUAGCAAGGGGCAUCCAUUAUAUAAAUUGAACAGCCAACUGCUAAUGGAUAGGCAGAAGGUUCUGUCUGAAUCUGUAUCUAACAUUGAGCAUAAAUUAGCGUUUCUUUCAGUUCAACUCAACACUAAACAAGACAUUUUUAAGUGACCAAAAUGUUGCCGUUAACUUUGAUAAACUGAAGCAGUCAGUACGUUUACAUGACACUUGAAAAGAACAAAUUAUUGCCUUAAUCCAACUAUAACUGGACAACUGAAGUACAUGUAAAUGUGUUAGUCCAACUGAUGUCGGAGUUCUCCAACUCUGAUUAGGACACCCAGAUAAUGCAAUUGGAAUAGGAUUUUCGCCGGCAUGUAUGACAAGACAACACAUGUGCGCAUGCUCCCCAUGCUCCAUCCCCCCACUCCCCGCUCUGGAGUAUGACCCCAGAACAAAAACAUCCAAGAAAGCCAGUCGCAGUAGCCAGUCAUUAGCGACGGCACAAAGUGUCUAACCGAAGACAGGCCACUGUUGUGGCCCUCCGAAAGGAUCGGGUGUUCUUGUCUGCCCCUCAGAAUUACCAUCCAUCUUGUUCUUGUUCUCGAAAAUGCGGUUUUCCUGCCUUUCUCCACUUGUUUAUUAUGACAUCAUAGGUCAACAGGAAAGGGGGCCGUAUUAACCCGCUGAAACCAUGCAUAUCGCCACCUAGUGUUGAGGGGGAGGACAUGUUCCUGUCAGUUACUCAAUUUUCUCAGUUGCAUGUAAACUGGGACAAGGACAGAAGUCCGAUUAGACGACAAAAUCCAAUUUUAAGCAUAGCUCGAUUAAACUGCAUGUAAAAGCACUGACUAACUGUUAAAGGGUCAAAGCUCAUAGAUGUAAAAACACAGUGCUGCGUGGUAGCCAUCUGUCAAUCACAAGAUAGCCCCACUUAUAAGCCUUUCCUGUUUUAUUGUCAAUUUUAUUCUAAAUGGAACCAUAAUUAACAACAUGAACAUCAUUCUGUGUUGAAGAAGAAUGAAACCAAGCAUCUGAAAACACAAAUAUAUUAGAAACAUGUUUACUGAGAUAAUUAACAGAGUAAGAAGUUGGGUCAUUUUCUCAUGGACUUCUAUACAAUCAGACUUCUUUUUGCAACCAGAAUCGCCCCCUGCUGGACAUUACAUGGAAUGAAGGUUUUAUACACUUCCACAUUGGCUUCACUUUUCACUCGGGGUUUUGCAAUUUUUUAAAUCCAUUAUUCGAUUUUGUUUUGAUUGAAGCAUUUUUUGUUUAGCACUGAUUAGCCACUGUUAGACUUUCAAGGCUUGCUUUGCAAAGACCAACAGAUCAUUGGUUUCAUGCCCUGACGACUGUCUGCUAGAUCUUCAAAUAUGGGGACCACAUUAAGGCCUUGUGGUCCAGUUUGACUUUUAUUGAAAUUGAAUGCUCAUUUUGAAUAUUUUUAGGGCCCGAGCAGGCAACGACCUGCGAGGUCCCUAUUGUAUUUCGAAUGAUUAUUUAUUUUUAUUUUUUUUUUUAUUUUUCUUCUUCCCAAAUGAUCGCAUUUUUCACUGCCUGAACAUACCCCAAAACUCAUGAAACUUUAAAUAUAAGUCACACCUGGCGAAAAAUUUUAUAAUCUAUUGUCAUUCUGAAUUUCCACCACUAGGUGGCGCUAUAAUAAAGGAAAACGCGUUUAAGCUAAUAACUCCCACAUACUUCAUCGCACAUUCAAAAAACUUAUAUCCACGCGUUCACUGAGUUGUGCUGAAUCUCGUGAUAUAGGCCACUCCCAUUUUCGCCUAGAGUUUUUUUUCGCAAAUUCGCGAAAUGUCGUAAACCUACUUUUUCGAACUCCUCCUAGGCAAUUUCAUCGUUUUGCACCAAACUUUGCACACUGCAUCUAUGGACCCUCAUGACAAAAAGUUAUUAAAAGAAUUUUGAUUACUCAAAUAAUACUCAAGUUAUUAAAUAA